ACAGAAGAGCAACAAGAACAAARAAGAAACGAGGUGUCGCGGUAUUUUAACACGAACACUCCGCAAGACACGGCAACAACAAAACUGUUUCAACACCAGAAGGCACUACCKGACGAACACUGCGUUUCAAGGAACCCCUGCUUCGACACGGGGUGGUGGUGUUCCCGUCGACCCAUAAACGCAACAGUUCAAUAAAUACCGUGCUGCGAGGAAAAUGUUUCUCUCUGGGGCACCCAAUUCCAAUCGAACACCGUGACUGCAACAACCCAUCGUCUCACUAGAACGAACRAACACAAACGAACAGUUCAGUUUGCAAGAGAACAUAUCAGAACGAUCGAGCCAGGGCCCCAUCGCCACCGAACGGGAAGGACCAUGGGGCCGGCUGCUACCACCAGCACCAGCACCUCRGGCAGCACCAGCCUMAGCGCCGGCACUCCGGCCACGGCUCUCUUCACCGCCGUUGCCACCGCCGYGGUGGCCGCCGGGAUCUGGUGCUGGCCGAGCCUGACGACGACCGCCGGGACGCUCGCCCUGGAGGUCUUUCGGUCGACCACCGGCAGGGCCGGAAAGCAGGGCAACCACAACACGAACAAGAAUAACAACAACAACAACAACAACAAGCAGGCACUCGGUGUCGCGGGGGCCUUUGCCAGAUGGCUCGAGGAAGAAGAAGAGGAGGAAGACGAACGGAAAAGGGCCCGGGAGGGAAUUUCCCACUGCUCGGAUGCCCGCGGCGGCGAUGGCUCUCUCACCGACGCGGAUUGGAUGGGGGAGACGAUCGGGAAAGCCCUUUUGGCCCUCGGCCCCGAGCCAUCGCCGCCGCCGAUCCCCACCGCUUGCUCGUCCUCCCCGCCGCCCAGCCCCCUCCRCCGMCCGAGGCCGGUGGCCCCGAUCCCGGAAGGGAACGAACCGAAUCCCCCCUGGGGGAAGGACCCCUCCCGGUCCCUUCGCAGCCUGCGCAAUGCGGUGGAAGCGAUGGUGGCCAGGGAGCCGUCCGUGAGGGAAAACUUUUUUGGCGGGGCCCGGGAAACCCUUGCGCUGCCGGUUUUGGCCACCCCGAGGUCCUACUCCUCCGACGAGCUCGAGGACCUSAUCCACCAGAGAACCCGGGGCCGGUCCAUCUCCGUGUCGUCGUCGGCCUCCUCGGUUUCGCUGCUGUCCUCCUCAUCCUCCUGCUCCUCCUCCUCCUGGACCGACGAUUCUUUGGUCGAGGACGAGCGCSAGGUAGAGCGGCUGCUGGCCUACCUCAAGCUGGUGCAGCUGGCGAGGGACGAGGCCAAGCACGCAGCGGGAGAACCCGCCGCGAGYCAUACCACAAGCCGCAMCGGGAAGCGCCGAAAGGCCCGACGKUCGAUCCCGGACGCGGACGGCGUCCUGGAGGUCCGCUCCUCCUCUCCCAUCGCGGCAAGAAGCCCCUUUUUCCUGGAGGCCCUGCACCGCGGCCGGAAGGAGCUCGUGGUGGCGGUCCACCACGGACCGGCCUCCGCCGARGAGCGGGACCGGAUCCGCGGMCUCCUCGCGGGGAUCGGGGACCGCGGCCUUGCCCCCUUGGACCGGGGCCUGGCCGACCKCCUGGCGGGGGACCUUCUGGAAACCUUCCCCGGAYCGACCGGGGGACACACCCUCGUCCUCUGCGGCCACUCGCUGGGCGCCGCCCUGGCCUGCCGGGUGGGGGCCGCCGUGAGGGCCGCCCGCCCGGGCCUCUCGGUCCGGGUCUACGCCUUUGGGCUUCCCCCCUGCGGGGAAGCGCCGGRCCCAACCGGGGACCACUCCUGGGUCACCUGCGUGGUCAACAACCACGACUGCGUCCCCCGGUGGACCAGGGAGAACCUCUCGGCCCUCGGGGGCCUCCUGCGGUGGAACAUGCACCGCAAGUUCCUCCACUUUCGGAGGCACUACCACUACCACUCCUGCCCGGGAUACGGCUGCGCCRAUGACCACRSGGGGAGGMSGGCCCCGGCCGCGAUCCCCCGGUUUGCCCUCUCGCCCGGGGAGUGGGCGGCCUUUUGGAGGGGCCGUGGGGGGGCCGRCGAGAAGGUCCGGUCGUUCGGGGGGGAGCCGACCGGCCCCGCUUGCAUCGUUCCGGGAAGGGUGGUGUGCGUGUGGAACCACUCGAAUGAUCCCUCCAUCCUCGGCGCCAAGGUCCACCAGCCCRCCGGCACCGGCCCGCAGGCUUCCUCCRCGGCACAAACACAKGCACAAACRCARGCACAAACACAKGCACAAACCUACGGYGUCCUGGACCGGUUGUGGAUCGACGAAAGCAUGUUUCGGGACCACACCCUCGAGGCCUACCGGUCGAACCUCGAGCUGCUGCUGGGGCAGGUGGCCAACACAAUCUAGAUGACUGGUUCGUUCGUUAAUCUCAAAGACCAGAACGGAUUCGGAAACGGCAAUAGAUACAAACGCGAAUCUCUCUCUGUACAUACGAAAAACUUGAAAGAUUGCAAUACUGUAACAAUAUAGUGGAUUUUAUACA